UGAGACUGAGGCAGGGUUGACAGGGGCUGGACUGAUGACAGCAUCCUCCUCCGCUCUGAGGCUUCAACACCUGACCGCCUCCAUCAGAGCCGCACAGAUCAUGGAGCUGCCGGGUUAUCCCGACGCCACCAUUUCGCACCAUGCUCCGCAGACGCGUAAAUAUUCCACUUCAGCCGCUUAAUCUGUUCUGCUCCUCCCCUCAACCUGAUCAUUCAUUGCCUAUAGCUUUCGGAUUUUCAUUUAUUGCGUGACCGAGUCGAGUCGAGGUGCUUCUUGUUUUCCUGAAGAGAAAAAAAACAAAAGAUCCUGUCUCGCUGUUCCCACCAAGGAUCAGACAUGGGUGGAAUCGAAUCACCAGCGCCGGCCGGAUUAUGGAGCAGAUUUUUUUUUUCCUCAUGAUACAACAGUCAGCUCGAUCCAGGCUUCAGUCAAGCAAACAAAUAAUCCAAUCAAUCACAGCGGGACACAGUCUGACACAAGGAGGAUAUCAAUAACAGCCUAAUACUCCACACCCACACACACACACACACCCACACACACACACACACACAGAUAGACAGAGAGACGAUGGCGCUGGAGAACUCCGUCUUCCCUUCCCGUCCCGACUCCCUGGCCCUUCCUGUGGAGGAGAAAGCUGAAGCCAAGGAAGACGAGGCGGCGAUGAAGUCGACGGCUUCCACUGGAGUCUUUAACGUAUCCGAGGAGUUGGGCCACGUCGUCACCACACAGACCAUACCCUCCCUUUCACCCCCGGCCAAAGUCAAAAGGUCUUUCCAGUCCAAACUCGCAGAACGGGAAGCCACCGCCAAUCAGCACAGGAAGAAAACCCCGGGGCCUGAAAAAGAGAGGGGGCGAUUCGGCUGGGCUCGGGCUCGGCGUAAGAGGCAGCGCUACGUUGAGAAGAACGGCCGUUGCAAUGUGCAGCACGGCAACAUGCGGGAGACGUACCGCUACCUGACCGACAUCUUCACCACGCUGGUGGACCUCAACUGGCGCUGCUCGCUCUUCGUCUUCGUCAUGGCCUACGCAGUCACGUGGCUCUUCUUUGGCGCCAUUUGGUACCUCAUAGCCUACUGUAGGGGGGAUCUGGACCAUCUGGAGGACGAGGCGUGGACGCCGUGCGUGAACAAUGUCAACGGUUUCAUAUCAGCUUUCCUCUUCUCCAUCGAGACAGAGACGACGAUUGGCUACGGGCACAGAGUCAUCACCGAUCAGUGUCCAGUGGGCACCAUGCUGCUGCUGCUGCAGGCCAUACUGGGAUCGAUGGUCAAUGCGUUCAUGGUCGGCUGCAUGUUCGUGAAGAUCUCCCAGCCUAAUAAACGGGCCGAGACGCUGGUGUUCUCCAAGCAUGCCGUCAUCUCCCUGAGAGACGACAAGCUCUGCCUGAUGUUCAGAGUGGGCGACCUUCGGAGUUCCCACAUUGUUGGGGCCAACAUGAGGGCCAAACUAAUCAAGUCCAAGCAGACCCAAGAGGGUGAGUUCAUCCCUUUGGACCAAACAGACAUCAGUGUGGGCUUUGAGACGGGCGAUGACCGCCUCUUCCUCGUCUCUCCGCUGGUGAUCUCCCAUGAAAUCGACGCGCGCUCGGCCUUCUGGGACAUGUCGCAGUCUCAGCUGGAGAAGGAGGAUUUUGAGAUUGUGGUCAUUCUGGAAGGAAUGGUGGAGGCCACCGGAAUGACAUGCCAGGCGCGGAGCUCCUACCUGGCGGAGGAGGUGUUGUGGGGUCACAGGUUCAGCCCCAUGAUGCUGCUGGCGGAGGGCUUCUUUGAUAUCGACUACGGAGCCUUUCAUCACACGUUUGAGGUGAACACGCCCUCCUGCUCGGCUCGGGAGCUGGCGUUGGCCGCGGCCAGACUCGACGCUCACCUCUACUGGUCCAUCUCCAGCAGGCUGGACGAAGAGCCCACGCUGGCCGAGCAGGCCGCCAAGCAGCCGGACGGCGACUCGGCCCACAGCAAGGCGGGGGAACCCAUCUUCACCGUCGGGGAGAUGACGGACAUCCAGGAGCAAUCAGCUUUGGGCGAGUUGAAUGGCAGCGUCACCACCGAUCAAUCGGAAACAGAGGCCUAGAACAGAGAAUGUUUACAAAGAACCUUCAGUAUCUCGCCACAUCAUCAAAGUUGUGUGUUAAAGACUCUUUUAAGGCAGAUGAGUAAUUUCAACACACCCACUGAUCCCACGGUAAAUGCCACAAUCUUGUGUUACCUUAUAAAAGAAUAUUUUUUAAUAUUUGUCUUAUUUGUUAUAAGUGUACUCAAUGUGCAUAUCUGAUUUUGUUGUAUUUGCUCUGAUCACCCUUGCCUAUAUCUACUUUAAAAUGACAAUACUAUGCUUCAGGUGGGUUUUAACAGCAGUCCAUCCUGUGGACAGAAAGAAUGUUGCACAGACAGUAAUUAGUUUUUUUGUUUUGUUUUUUCCUUUUCGCCCAACUGAUGGUUUCACACGAAAAGUUAAAUAUGUUGAUUAUUAAUGCCGUUUAAAAUAGAUACAGUGCAGAGAUGCUUUACUCUAAGCUGCAGUUUUAGAAAAUAUAGAAAUACAAACAAACUUUUUUAGAUGCACAGAUUAAGAGUUACUGUAAAUCAGUUAGAAAUAUUACAGUUAAUUAAACAUUUUCCCUUUUUUAUUUGGGUAGAAACUUUCAUUUGGUGCUAGUAAGCUAUCUAGGAUCACUUUUGUUGAACAAAAAUAUAUCCCCUGAUGUAAACAACAUUUAUAUCUUUACUCACAUUAUUGUAAACAGAGAAUAUAAAACCUUUUAGAAAAAGGUCAACAUGAUGCUGCUUCACAAGGUUAUUGCUUUGGUAACAAUAUAUUAUGCAGUCAUACUUUCCCAGAAUUUACAAGUUAUUUUCUAAAAAGUACAGGUUAUUUUUUAUAAAGGUUACUGCCUGAUUUACCAUUCACUUACUGGAACUUGACCUGAACAGUAGCCCGCGAGGUCCAAAAAAGUUUCAGGAAAGUCUUCAGUUAGUUCCACAAAACUAAGAUAAAAUUCCAGAAAAAUUAAUCUGUAUAUUUUAGAAAAUCAACUUAUAAAUUGCCUAAACUUAUAUCCGCAAAAAAAAAAAAAAAAAACUGUAUUAUUUUAUAGAGUAAUUGAGUUGCAGCUGGUAUCCUGUAAACGUCACAGAGGUAAAGUAUAAAAGCAUAAAAUUAACAGAAACUAACCAGAAAAUUGCUCUUUAAGUCUUUAAAGACAGGUAGUCUGUAAAUUACAGAAACAUAACCUGGAUAUUAUGGCGAAUUAACUUAGAAAUUUCAGAAAAGUAAAGAAGCUUGUUUAAUCUGGAGUAUUCUAGAAAUUUCUGGAAAGCAUUUCUGAAAGUCUUCUUCAAAUUUUUAUUUGCAAAAGCCCUGGAGAAUAUUAGGCUGUAUUUUGCAUUGCUGCCUUUUAUAUUUCUUUGAUUUUUGUUGGUUUCGGCCAUGUAUAAUGUAAAAGCACAACCAAGCCCUGCUCAGUUCUGCCCAAAUUCCUGCUUCUGCUGCUGUGUAUAUCUAUAUAUCUAUUUCUAUCUAUCUAUAUAUAUAUAGAUAUAGAUAUAUAUAUAUAUGUGGCUGUUUUUACUUGAUGUUUUUAAUAUUUAAAUAGCACAUUGAUUAGAAUGAAUAAACUACACUAUAUUCCAGAGA